GUGGGCCGAGCAGCUUACAGUAGGGAAGUAAAGGCACUUCCUCCUUCCUACCACACUGGUUGCACUCAAAGCCAAUUUGUUUAAUAGGAAGUCGGAUCAUCGUGGCAAUGUGGAUCUAGCAGCUCGUCAGGAAGCGACCUCUGCGUGUUUCUCUCCACGGUGAAUGUCACCGAGUUUCCCCGGUGAAACCAGCCGCCUGUAGCGCGUUAAAGUGGUCGGAGCGCAGCGCGGUUUGUGCCACAAUGGCUGCGACGUAGCGCAACUUUUCGUUUCCACGGUGGAUGAAGUAGAGAGCAACGAGCUGCCGACAACUUUUACUCUCGCAGGAAACACAGAGGAGGAAAAAAAACAAACAUGAAGAAACAGUUUAAUCGCAUGAGGCAACUCGCCAACCAGACAGUUGGACGGGCUGAGAAAACUGAGGUGCUGAGCGAUGACCUGCUGCUGAUCGAGAGGCGGUUGGAGCUGGUUCGCAUGGUGUCGCACAACGCACACAAGAGGCUGGUGUCCUGUCUGCAGGGUCAACUGGGAACAGACUCAGAGAAGAGACAUAAAAAGCUGCCGCUGACGACGCUGUCCCAGGCCAUGCAGGAGGGAGGCAGCCAGCUGGGAGACGAGAGUCUCAUCGGCAAGAUGAUGGAUGUGUGUGGGGAAGCUGAGAGCCGGUUAGCAAUCGAACUGAUGCAGCAUGAAGUCCAGCUGGAGAGCAACAUCCUGGAGCCUCUGAACCAGCUGGCUGAGGUGGAAAUUCCCAAUAUCCUGAAACAGAGAAAACAACUCGCCAAGCUGGUUUUGGACUACGACUCAGCCAAGACCAGGUGGUACCAGGCCACCAAGUCCAACAACCAGGCCAUGGCAGCUAAGGCCGACUCUCUCAAAGACGAGAUGGACGAGGCUCUCAACAAAGUAGAAAUAUGCAAGGACCAGCUCUCUGCAGACUUGUACAACUUUGCUUCCAAAGAGGGAGAUUACGCUCGCUACUAUGUCAUGUUAUUGGAGGCUCAGGCAGAUUACCACAGGAGGUCUCUGGCAGCUCUGGAGGCAGCUAUACCCACCAUCCAAAUACAACAAGACUCCUGGAUGGAGAAGCCGGCGUUCGGCACGGCUCUGGAGGAGCACCUGAAGAGGAGCAACAGGGAGAUCGCUCUGCCCAUCGAGGCCUGCGUCAUGAUGCUGCUGGAGACCGGCAUGAAGGAGGAGGGUCUCUUCAGAAUAGCAGCCGGAGCUUCUAAACUGAAGAAGCUAAAAGCGGCGCUGGACUGCUCCACCUCGCAGCUGGAGGAGUUCUACUCUGAUCCGCACGCCGUCGCCGGAGCCCUGAAGUCCUAUCUCAGGGAACUUCCUGAACCUCUAAUGACGUUUGGCUUGUAUGAUGAGUGGACACAGGCCUCCAAUGUGUCUGACUCUGACAAGAGGCUGCAGGCGCUGUGGGUGACAUGUGACCGUUUGCCAAAGACUCACAAAGCAAACCUCAGGUAUCUGGUGAAGUUUCUGGCUAAACUGGCUCAGGACAGCGACGUUAAUAAAAUGACUCCCAGUAAUAUCGCCAUCGUCCUCGGGCCAAACCUGCUGUGGGCAAAAACUGAAGGGACGCUGGCGGAGAUGGCAGCAGCUACUUCUGUCCAUGUGGUCGCCAUCAUUGAGCCCAUUAUCCAGCACGCUGAUUGGUUCUUCCCUGACGACGUGGACUUCAACGUGUCGGGCAUGUUCGCCAUGCCCACCCACCCGGCCACCCCGGACCCCGAGCCCGGCCUGGAGAGGAGGCGCCCCGGCAGCCUGGUGGGGCAGGAGGGGGACAGUCACACCCCUCGUAAAGACAGCACUGUUAACAAACACCCGGAGCCCACUCCUCGUAGAGCCAGCACUGUUAAUAGAAAGCAGCCACAGCUAACCUCACCCACCUUCCAGCCCCCCCUGCCCCCUCUGGAGGCCUGGGCUGCCGUCCAUCCCGAGCCCCAGCCCCAGCUUCCUGCAGAGGCUGAGCAGCCCGGCCUGGGUGCUGCUGCUGGUGCUAGUGGUGGUGGUGGUGUUGGUGGUGGUGGUCUGGGUGGUGGUGGGGUCCAGGUAGCCACUGGGCCGCCUCAGGUUGUAACCCAGCUCAGCGCAGAGGAGAGCAGCCCCGCCCGGGAGCUCAUGUCCACCCCUCCCCCCCAGAGGAAUGGUUCGGUCCAUCUCUCAGUAGGAGCCCCCCACUCUCAGGGCGGGUCCAGAGGGCCCAGUCCACACAUGGUCCGCAGAGGCACCAAGAAGCAGGCCCCGGCCCCGCCCAAACAGUUCAGCCCCUUCGCCUCCCAUCCCGGCGGCACCCAGACCCCCGGCUCCCCCCACCACCCCCCCAUCACCCCCCGACGCCACACCACCAAAGAGAGCCCCAUCCACGCCCCGAGCCACCCGCCGCCCCAGCCUCCUCCAGGCCACGCCCACCAGGGGGAGUCGGAGCCCUCCCCCCCCAGCACCCCCACCCCUCCUGACACUCCGCCUCACGAUGGGCCCCAGUCCCACCCGCUGUCCUUCCACCACUCUGGGUCUCUGCCCCGCCCCGCCAGGCCGGCCCCCAAGCCCCGCCCCCGGCCCAGCAUGCCGCCGCCGCCGCAGCCUGCAGCCAACGACAACGGAGACGGCCUCUGCAGCUCCGCCUCCAAGAUUAUAACAGAUGGAGGCCUGGUCCUGAAGGGGGUCGGGCGAGCCUUCGUCCCUGAGGUGAUUGCGGACCAACACGGGGACGGCUCUGCUGGUCAGGAGCCCGGCGUCCCCCCAGACCUGCAGCUAGACCCUCACAUCCAGUUCACCGCUCUGUGAGGGGAAACAAGGACCCAGGUCCUCCUCCUUCACUCAGCUGGUCCCUGAUCCAACAUUUGAAUGUUUAGAAUCAAAUAUCAGACUCAAACGCACCGGUUCAUCAUGCCAGACCGCUUUCUGGUAAACAUGGCUGCCUUUUUCUUGUGUUUUGCUGAAACCAGAAACCUCAAAACCUUAAAACUUCUGUCCAGCUAUUAGACUUCAUAUCUCUCUCCUUUUGUUCUUUAGACUGCUGGGUAAACUGCAAAAAAAAGGAGUGUCUAAAAACCAGAUAAAAACAGAAAAUCUGAGGGAAAUGAUCUUGCUGCAUGGACAGAUAAUUUACCUUGACAAGAUUUCUUGAAUUAAGAUUGUUAAAUCUAGAAAUAAGCAUGUUGAACACUUAAAAUAAGAAAUGAACCCUUAAAACAAGAAUAAAACAGAAUAAAACUACAUAAAACCAGAAUAAAACCAUUUAAAACCAGAAUAAAACCAAGAGAUUUCUUAAAUUAAGAUUAUUAAAUCUAGAAAUAAGCAUGUUGUACGCUUAAAAUAAGAAAUGAACUCUUAAAACCAGAAUAAAACCACAUAAAACCAGUUAAAACCAGAAUAAAACUACAUAAAACCAGAAUAAAACCAAGAGAUUUCUGCAAUAAAACCAGUUCAAACCACUUAAAACCAGAAUAAAACCACAUAAAAGCAGAAUAAAACCAAAAUAAAACCAUAUAAAACCAGAAUAAAACCAUUUAAAACUGGAAACAAAACCAAGAGAUGUCUUAAAUUAAGAUUAUUAAAUCUAGAAAUAAGCAUGUUGAACGCUUAAAAUAAGAAAUUAACUCUUAAAACAAGAUAAAUUAUCUAACACUUCUAAAUCUAAAGUUUUUUUUUA